GAUAGUCACAUCAAUGCCAGCCAACUCAGGGACAAUGUGGGUAUGUAUAGCACAGGGGACCCCAGCCACCCCAGGGACAAUGUGGGUAUGUAUAGCAUAGGGGACUCCAGCCACCUCAGAGACAAUGUGGGUAUGUAUAGUACAGGGGACCCCAGUCACCCCAGGGACAAUGUGGGUGUGUAUAGCACAGGGUCCCCAAGCCAACUCAGGGACAAUGUGGGUGUAUAUAACUCAGGGGCUCCCAGCCAACCCAAAGAUAAUGUGGUUGUGUAUAACACAGAGGCCCCCAGCCAACUAAGGGACAAUGUGGGUAUGUUUAACACAGGGAACCCAGCCAAAUCAGGGACCAUGUGGGUAUGUUUAACACAGGGAACCCAGCCAACUCAGGGACAAUGUGGGUAUGUUUAACACAGGGCCCCCAGCUAACUCAGGGACAAUGUGGGUAUGUACUGUAAUAAAGAAGUCCCCUGUCACUUCAUGGACAAUGUGGGUAUGUGUUCUAACACAGGGGUCCCAGGUUAUUUCGGGGAUAAUGUGGUUUUGUAAUAUUGGGAUUCCCUGUCAUCCCAGGCAAAAUUUUGAUAUCUUGAGGAGCAAUUGAUUCUGUGACAUCACUCCGCUUAGAAGAACUCAAGGGAGUUAAAGAAGCUUUGGUAUCAAAAGAAAACAUUGCAGACGACACACUUGGAGAUGAAGAGUGGAGCGCCAUCUCAGCUUCA